CAGCGGACGAGAGCGUUUCGAGAACACCAGAGUGCGUUUCUUUUUUCAAUUGUGUCCGUCGUAAACAACGCGAAAGUAGUACAUAAAUAAAGUACAAACAUGUGGUUACAAAGAAAUUAAUAACUUUUAAUCAUAAAUAAUUGACGAACAAGGAAUGAAAAAAUGAUGACAAAUCUUUCUAACACUGUUCGAGUCUAGUGAGGAUAUAAAUUGGUGUCUUGCUUCUCACGCCUUCGCAAUGCAAAUUCAAAAUUCAUCGACAAAUCGUUUAACUGCAAAAUUGUAACCAAACACUAAGUUUACUUUUCUGAAAAAAUGUCUCUGAACUUUCGAACUGUUCGAAUCACUGAACCGAGGAAUUGAACUCUCAUGUCAUUAUGGAUUAAGUGUGAAAAUAAAUGAGUGAACAAAUAUUUGGGCUGUCGAGAUUAUGAUUGAUAUGUCGAGCUGUUUCUCUUGAACAAGAAUAAUACACAGUGAAUUUUCGCUUUAAGUCAAAAAAGGCUUUUGAGGCGAAGACACGCGUUUAUAUUUUGGCAUAAAAACCACGGAAUGAUGUGUUGAAAUGGAAUUCUUCGUUUCGCGAAUUUUCAAAACCCCCGCAGUCUGAGUGUACAGUAUAACAGUGCGGCAGCCAGCGCGACAACAUUCGUUUGAACCAAACGUGCUGAAAAAUAUACGCUGCUAUUCCAAUUAUUGAUGAAUUAUUUUAAUAAACUCCAAAAAGAUUCGACACUUUGAAAAUCUGCUUUCGAACAGUUUUUUAUUAAUUAAUUCCGUGAGUUAUUAUUUUAUCUGAGCAACAUCAUAUUUCCAACUAUGAGAGAAGUAACGUGUAAGGCUCGAUCUCAUCACUAUGAGACAUUGGAUUUUGAGAGGAUGAAAUCAGACAGUUAGAUAUGUGUUAGAACGAAACGAUUGCUAAAAUCACAAAAAACGGUUUAUGUGGAUCGGGUUUCCAGAAUACCUCAAUCGUUGAGAGAGCAAUACCUCCACUAACGUCAAAACUUGAAGACCUUCAACUAGCAGCAUGGCUACUCACGAAAACGUCGAUUUCAAUAGUCCGAGCAUUCAACAGGAAAUGCUGAAGAUUCAAUCUCAGCGCUGCCACGAUGGUCUCGUCGAAGCUCCAGGAUGGUGUCCCGAGACUUGGGAUGGCAUACAUUGCUGGCAUUCCACAGCUCCGGGGGAAAUAUCGGUUCAAGCCUGCCCCCAUUAUAUCGCAGGAUUUGACUUGCAGGCAAACGCUUCGAAAACUUGUAUGAGCAACGGCCAAUGGUACUGGAGCCUUGAAAUGAACAGUAGCUGGACUAAUUAUACUCAGUGCUAUCAUGCACCUCUAGUCACGGUAUUCAUGGAUUUUCCGGAUGUUCAAUCCGACAACGCAACACUUAUCAAGGAAUAUCUGCCCAUCAUCAAAAAAAUUUCAACAGUCGGUUAUGCAGUGUCGUUCUCAACCCUCGUCGUAGCUUUUUUAAUACUCGCAACGAUCAAGAAGUUGAGAUGUCCAAGGAACAUUCUUCACAUGCACCUGUUUGCAUCGUUCAUGACUCGAGCUUUCAUGGCGCUAAUGAAAGAAGUUCUUUUCGUUUCGGGCCUCGGUUUGGCAUCGGAUGUUUUCAUUAAAAAUGGGGAGAGUUAUUGGGUGGACAACAAGGUCGAAAGCAAUUGGCAAUGCAAAGCUUUCACGAGUUUAUGGCAAUACUUCAUCUUGGCUAAUUAUUCAUGGAUCCUAAUGGAGGGUCUUUAUCUCCACAAUCUCGUAUUCAACGCUCUUUUCACGGAUUCGAAUUCGAGUAUAGCAGCUUACGCUGUUUUGGGAUGGGGAUUGCCUGCCAUUUUCGUUCUGCCCUGGGUCAUUAUACGGGCCACCCUCGAAGAUACUUAUUGUUGGACUACCAAUGACAAUCCAUUUCUUUUCUUACCAAUUCGCCUACCCACCAUUCUAUCAAUUUUAAUCAAUUUCAUUCUCUUCGUCAACAUAGUCAGAGUUCUCUUGUCCAAAUUGAAAUCUACCGUGUCUGAAGAGACUCAACGUUAUAAACGAUGGGCCAGAAGUACGCUCGUCCUGGUGCCACUUUUCGGGGUACACUAUACAGUUUUCCUUGGCAUGUCUUAUAGCAUGGGAGUCAACGAAAAAGUCGAACUAGUUUGGCUAUUCUGCGAUCAGCUGUUUGCUUCUUUCCAGGGUUCGUUUGUUGCGGUGCUGUACUGUUUCCUGAACGGUGAAGUACGAGCCGAGGUAUCACGAGCCAUAAGGAGUCGUCGAUGGCCACGUUUUCGGCAAUCGCGUUGGCGCCAGCGACCAUCGGCACAUUCGAGCAGCACGUGUAGCUGCAACGGCACAAAGCUAGCCAAUAGUCAAAUCGGUUCAAAGUGGUGGACGAGACCCUGGUUAUGUUUCUUCCACGACGCUGAUGCUCAUCGCUCCACUCACUCGAUGGCGAGUACACAAGAUGCGGCAACGCGAGGCGGAAGUCUAGCUAGCAGUCGUGGCUAUUUGGAGAUCGUGAACCACGGUCCUAAUAUUCCGGAAUCGGAUAAUCGGAUUUCCAGAACAAUUCCUAACCAUGCAGGCUCGUCGACAUUGUGCAGCAAAUAUACGGAUCAAUCGCUCCUCUCCUUUUAUUCCAACGCAUCCGAAAGUUCUAUCCGCGCACUCCCGAUGAACGGGCGCAGCGAAAAGGUUCCAAAUCAACACAGAUGGAGUGAUUCCGAGUGCUGCAGCCUGGCGUUCGAACUUCACAAUCUCCAACAACAAACGCUUCCUUGACUGGUCGUCCUACGGCGAGCGAAUGAUCGUUUCUGACAAAAAUCUACGAAACGUGUGAUCGAAACGGCUUUGUGAGUUUUGAGCGACCAACAGUCCAAAAACGACUCGGAAGUUCGUACUGUGGUGUUUACAAGCAUAUGUACUAAUCGUGCGUUAUAGUAACGCCGGACUGCGAGACGAUCUGACAUAUCGAUCGAGCAACGGGAAAGAAUGUUGACAUUCGAACUUCGCUCGUUGUUCUUAUGAAAACCGAAUAACACUGCGACGAUUAUGCGCUGCAUUUUAAAAAUGCGAAUGUUCCGUUUUCUUAUUGUUGAUCAAUAGAAAUACGGCACGUUUACAGCUUUUUCAACCAUUUCAUUGUGAUUGUAUAAGGACUUUGAAAAAUUGUUUCAUCUUCGAUAUAAGAAUUGUGUUAAUUGCAAAAGUUUCCAAAUAUGAAGUAUGACGAACAGUGAUACUGCCCAAAAGCGUGAACUUAUCAACAUGAGAAGAGACUUAAUUUCCGCGACAUUUGAUCGAUUAUAAUUUAUCCAUUGAUGAAAAAAAAACCAAGCCCACGUAAAAUCGGACAUUCGUCGACAUGCUUUAUACAGAAAUAGUUCAAAGUGUGUUUCCUUCCCUAUUAUUAGUUUAUCAAAAAUGUUUUAAACAAAAGUUUCAAGGCCGUCAUAACCACCCUAUUUUUUUAUCGGUGGAGAUGCUUCAAAGAUUUGAAGGUCACCUUUGUUUUUUUUUUAUGGCAAGCUAUAUUUUUUAUAGCGUAAUACUGUAGAGUAUCGAAUUCUGAGCAAAAAAUGAUUUACCUUUAUUUCCUUUAUUAACCAUAAACCUAAUGUAGGUAUCGAGUAAUUUCACUUUUUAACUUGUAAACUUGUAAACACUUGGUUGAUCACUGUUUUUAUUUCUUACGAAAGAGCACACAUGACUCAAAAAUGAGAUCUGUGCACAUUUUUCUACGAAUCCAAAUACAGGAAAUUGACACGAUUUGAUUAUUUUCAUUAACAAUCGCUCGACGUUUGACUCGUGUUUGUUUUACUAUACCGAAGCGACAGAAACUGUCAGCUAAUCGCUUUAAGGAGGUUGAAGCGUAUCUUAUGUUAAAACUAUUUUCCAACUUUGCACAUUAAAAAUUUUUAAACAGAAAGCUUAAGACAGUAUUAAACUUCUGGCGGGAUAUGCCAAUGAUUCACCGU